ACAUGCUCAUCCAUCGCAUCAUUUUCAAAUUCUCUCAUUUCUUCGUUCGAAGCUAGGCAUGUCUUACCCAGAUAGCUUAGUAUGCAAGGAUUAUCUUGAAUUGAACCCAGAAAAUGCUAGUUUUAAAGAUCUUUUUCACCUUCUAUUCUUUAAUAAUAGAAAAAGUUUCAUUGUAAGCCCUUCGGAAUUCGAACAAGAUUUAAGAAAAUUUAAUUAUCGAUGGCUUGUUGUUACUUCUGUUGUCCUGUUGAAGUUGCUUCGUAUCAUGAAGAAACCAUUGAAAUACAUUGGAUUUUUCAUCAUAACAUGGAUGAAUCUAAUCACAAAUUAUGGUGGUGUGCUCAAGUUGUUGUUAAAUUUUAUUAAAGGAAAUGUGACGAUGCCAAAUGAGUCAAGCGACACAAAUAGAUCAAUGAUAGCACUUCUUGACAGAAGAGUUGAUUUGGACCCAAAAAUUGAACCAGGGCAUGUCAAUUAUGAAGGUUCGUUUACUUGGAUGGCUGCUAAGUUAUCAUAUGAAAAUUCUGCCUUCAUUAAAACUAUUGUUGAGGACAAUUGGAAGAUGGAGUUGGUAGGGGCCUAUGACUUUCGAAAUGAUUUUCAAGGGAGCAACUCUACACAUGCAUUCAUGGUACGCAACAAAAGCAAGGACAAAGACACAAUAGUAGUGGCAUUUAAAGGCACAAACCCCUUCGACGCAGACGAUUGUAGCGCGGACAUUGAUAUCUCUUGGUUUAGGCUAACGAACGUAGGGAAAGUUCAUGGUGGAUUCAUGAAGGCAUUAGGCCUCCAAAACACUAAAGAUGGCGUUGGAUGGCCGAAGGAUAUCGAAUCAAGCGAUGAAAAACCACAGUUUGCAUAUUACAAAAUUCGACAAGUCCUUAGAAACAUUAUUCAAGAGAACAAGGACGCAAAAUUUGUAGUAGCGGGACAUAGUUUGGGUGGUGCAUUAGCGAUUUUAUUCGCUAGUGUUCUAAUAUUACAUGACGAGAAAGAAUUGCUUGAUAGAUUGGAGGGAGUUUAUACAUUUGGACAACCAAGGGUAGGAGAUGAGCAAUUUGGAGAUUUUAUGAAGAAGAAUUUGAAGGCCUACAAUGUCAAAUAUUGUAGGUAUGUAUAUUGCAAUGAUAUGGUUCCUCGAGUUCCCUUUGAUGACAAGACUCUCUUGUUUGAACAUUUCGGUCCGUGCCUCUACUACGAUAGUUUCUACCGAGGAAGGGAAUUGAAAGAGGAGCCCAAUAAGAACUACUUAUCAUUGGUAUGGGUGAUAACAAAGUACAUGAAUGCAGGUUGGGAGCUAAUUAGGGGAAUCGUACUUCCACGUUUGAAAUGGGGCCCAGAUUACAAAGAAUGUUGGUGUCAAAUUAUAUAUCGAGUGUUUGGGCUGAUUAUCCCAGGUCUUUCAGCCCACGGCCCACAAGAUUACACUAACUUAACUCGAUUGGGCCGCAUGGCUUUGCCUCGUAAUCAUGACAAAAAAAAAAAAAUGAGUUUAAUUCAAAUCAUACGGAAAACCUUGGCACAAAUAAAUUGCACAAGAAUAAGUCAUACCUCUUAAAAAAUAGGCAACUUUCUUGUCAAAAAUAAAUAAAAAAUAAAAAAUAGGCAACUUCAAUCGUGCAAUAUGCCUAGGUCUUAGGUGUUGGCAAAUAGUUUUGGCCAAAUAAUUAUUAAUAAAAUGAUUUUUAAUAAGUGUCCCAAAAAUAUAUUAGGGUUACUUUUAUUUUUGUAAUAUCAUUGUAAUAUUGAAAUAAUGGUUCACCUU